AUGAGGCCUACAAACCUCUCUGCGCUGCUGGCAGCUGCACUGAGUUUUCUGUCGAUAUCUCUGCCGUCUGCUACCGCGGACCAAGAUUCGUCCAUUAAUGUUGCCCUGAAGGCAUCUUUCCAGCCUGCUCCCUAUCUAGUCGAGCUCCUAGAAACUGCAGCUCUCGAGAACUCAUCAUGCUACUUCCCUCUACUCGAUCGUAUAGCGGACGGCACCUUCGCUCACCUCCAUUCCGAUCAGGAACUUUACACUAAAUUUCUCGAUGUCUUACAGCAGGAUGGCCAUCUCGGGGAGCAGGGCUCGCUGUCCUCCUUCAAGCUUGCCUUGUCCCUGCACGCAGCUGCACCAAGGAUCGAGGCUCACUACCAGUACUACAAGUCGGCCGUCGAGCCUUCUAUGAUGGCGGCUCAGGACGCCGCUUGUCCAGUCUGGGUACAUUUGGAUGGUCAACAAUACUGUUCACCAGAGCUAGAAAGAGCACAGCAACCAGUUGACAAUGACAAUCUCGAGGCUGAGUUACCUUUUGACCACACCUUGAGCUCUGCCGAUUCGUCACUCCUGUCCACCAUCUACGCAGAUAUUACACACCCGCUCUUUGGUCAGUUCCACCAAAUCGUGAGUGCUACUGCUAAGGAUGGCAAAAGCGCAUAUCGUGUUCGCUAUCGGCCCAACACACAAGACUCGAGCCAACCACUAUAUGUGAGCGGCUAUGGUGUCGAAUUGGUCCUAAAGCGAACAGAUUAUAUCGUUAUUGACGAUCGUGAUGCUGCUCACCAACCUGGUAGCACUGACGAGGCUUCAUCGGCCACUGCCGUUGCUGAAAUCAAGCCUUUGACCAGCGCAGAGGUGUCCAAGCUUGGUCUCAAUGCUGCUAGCUACAUCAUGGCUAGCGACGAUCCUAUGAUCACACUGCUUGAGGUGUCCGCUAAUUUCCCAAAGUAUGCCUCAACUAUUGCCUCUCAUAACGCUUCGAGCGCUUUGGUGAUUGAACACAAACAGAAUCGGGACAAGCUCCUGCCUGCUGGUUACAAUGUCAUCUGGAUGAAUGGCCUACAGGUUCAGAAUCGAGAGGUCGAUGCGUAUUCUCUCAUCGACGUCCUCAGAAAAGAAAGACAACUCAUCAAAAGGCUGAAGGACAUAGGAUUAUCUUCCACUGAGGCUAUCGAUCUGCUCUCUCAUGAGGUUCUGGCGCUAUCCCAAACCGACGAUCAACCACAGCGGUACGACUGGCGCUCACCUGCUGACUCCCGUGAGAUUAUCAUAUGGCUUAAUAAUAUCGAGAAAGAUACAAGAUACGCUAGGUGGCCCACUUCCUUGAACAUGUUGCUGCAACGCACAUACCCUGGUCAGUUACCGCAGGUUCGUCGAGAUAUACACAACGUUAUCGUGCCAAUAGACUUUCAUAACGUGAGACAUUUGGAUCUAAUCGUCAACACCCUGCAGACCCUCGUGAAGAGGUCAUUUCCCCUCCAGCUUGGCCUCGUACCCAUUGGUACUGACGAACCCUCACGGCAAGCCGCAAAAUUGUCUUACCACAUCCUUGACACAUAUGGCCUUGGACGUCUGCUGACCUUUUAUCAAAAUAUCGUCACCUCCAAAAAAGGUGUUUCUGCCGUCGCAACAGUCUUUGAGUCCCUGACAGGAGCUUUGACUGCGAAAGAAGGCACGAGUCCACUGUCUUAUAACCAAGUCCAGCAAGACGAAGAGCUCCGGGAAACGCUCAAGAAUGCAGAUGCAUAUGCAUCACGUCUUGCUUUGAACAACAAAAACCCUCCUGUCCUUGUUAACGGUGUUGCAAUCCCUCGUACUGAAACGUGGUUUGAGACACUAAGUCAACGCAUCUACAUGGAUCACCGUGCUCUUCAAGUUGCAGUGUAUGAAGGCAACAUAGCUGAGGGGACAUGGAUCCCAGAUUUCUUCUUGCAACGAGCUGCUACAAGACGCAACUCUCUCGUCGUGCCGGAGAACAAGAAGGAGGUUCGGGUCGUGAAUGUUGCAGAAAUCACAACCAAGCACGCUUCUAGCUACAAUACCUUGCCACGCAUACCUGGAGAAAAUUCGGCUUUGCUGAGCAGCUGUGCACAUCUUUUGUUAGCCCUUGAUCUAGAUAGUCCUCAUGGGCGAGAUUUGCUCGCAGAAGCUCUUGCAUUUCACGAGAAACGUCCUGAGGUUGAAGUUCUACUUCUACAUAGUCAAAGACCAGGAGAACCUCUAUCAGCCCUUCCUAUUGAGCUCUACCACAAUGUGAGAGAUGGUUCCAGAGACCUACCCCGAGCACAGCUGAAAGUACUCGUCAAUGAAAAAGGCGAUGAUGUGCCGCCGACUAGUCAGGACCAGGAAAAGGCAAUGGACUACUGGCUUUCUCAUGAAGAUCUAAUUCGCGCGAUAGGCCUCACUCCUGGAGAUAAUGCUAUUAGCCUGAAUGGACGUGUCGUGGGACCUCUCGUCGAUGCUUUCACAGGUGAAGACUUUGAGAGUCUACUGGACUAUGAGAUCUCAGAGAGGAUCGCUCCUGUCACCACUGCCAUCACUGCACUCUCUCUCGAGGACAAGUUCAGUCAUCCUCUGGAUGUUGCUAAAGUGACCUCAAUCGUGGCAAGCUCUCUGAUAUCAGAUAUUCCUGAAGGUAUAUACGAGGCUGCCCCUCUCAUCAGACUAGACAAGUUCAAGCAAUGGAAAAAUGAGUCAACCAUGAUUCAUCUGCCAUCAGACACCGAGCCUUCGAUACAGAUCGUCGCAGCGAUUGAUCCGGCUUCCGAGACAGCACAGAACUGGUUGCCUAUCUUGAAAACCUUGGCGGACUUAGACGGGGUGGAUGUAAAGUUGUUCCUCAAUCCUCGCGAACAACUUUCUGAACUGCCAGUGAAGCGCUUCUAUCGCAAUGUUAUUGCGCCAUCUCCUACCUUUUCUGCCAAUGGCAGUCUUGCGGCACCUCAAGCUGUCUUCUCUACCAUUCCGCCAGACGUACUGUUCAAUCUGGGCAUGGUCGUUCCGCCAGCUUGGCUCGUCUCGCCGGAGGAGUCUAUCUAUGAUUUGGACAACAUCAAGUUGAGCAGUGUACCAGCUGGCCAGAAUGUAGACGCACUCUACGAACUCGAGCACAUCCUGAUCGAAGGUCAUUCGAGGGAUAUCACAAAAGGCACACCACCACGAGGUGCUCAGCUCUUACUUGGGACGGAGCAGAACCCUCAUUUUACCGACACAAUCAUAAUGGCGAACGUAGGCUACUUUCAAUUCAAAGCCAAUCCUGGCCAUUGGCAAUUGACUCUGAAGCCUGGAAGAUCUUCCAGAAUUUUCGAUAUCGAUAGUGUGGGCUCAAGAGGCUACGCACCACAACCGGGCGACGAAGGCAAUCAGGUGACGCUGAUGUCUUUCCAAGGGGUAACUCUCUUUCCGCGAUUAUCUCGCAAAGCUGGUAUGGAGGAUGAAGACGUCCUCGAAGUGGGUAGUCUGGCCGACACUGCUGCGUCAUAUCUUAAGAAGGGUCAGUCACUACUGUCAUCUAUCGGGCUAGGCAAGAAAACUGCCUCUGGCAGCGUUCAGGCAGAUAUCAACAUUUUCUCUGUGGCUUCGGGCCAUCUCUAUGAGCGUAUGCUCAACAUCAUGAUGCUGUCCGUGGUCAAGCACACUUCACACUCCGUCAAAUUCUGGUUCAUAGAGCAAUUCCUAUCACCUUCAUUCAAGCGCUCUCUACCCUACCUCGCAGAACACUACGGCUUCCAGUUCGAAAUGGUAACCUACAAAUGGCCACACUGGCUCCGUGGGCAAAAAGAAAAACAAAGAGAAAUAUGGGGCUACAAAAUCCUCUUCCUAGACGUGCUCUUCCCCCUCGAUCUCGAAAAAGUAAUCUUCGUCGACGCCGACCAAAUCGUCCGCACCGACAUGAUCGAACUAAACAAAGUCGACCUCCACGGAGCCCCCUACGGCUUCACUCCCAUGUGCGACUCCCGCACCGAAAUGGAAGGCUUCCGAUUCUGGAAACAAGGAUAUUGGGCAAACUUCCUCGAAGGCAAACCCUAUCACAUCUCCGCCCUCUACGUCGUCGACCUCAAACGCUUCCGCGAACUGGCGGCCGGCGACCGGUUACGCGGGCAAUACCACGCCCUCUCAGCUGAUCCCAACAGCCUCUCGAAUCUCGACCAAGAUCUCCCCAACCACAUGCAGCAUAACCUGCCCAUCCACAGUCUUGAUCAGGACUGGCUGUGGUGCGAGACGUGGUGUGCUGACGAAGCGCUCGGCACAGCGCGCACGAUCGAUUUGUGUAAUAAUCCUAUGACUAAGGAGCCGAAACUCGAUAGAGCAAGACGUCAGGUGCCGGAGUGGACGGAGUAUGACAAUGAGAUUGCGGAGGUGCUGAAGGGUGCGAUGAAGGAUGAGGGAGAGGUGGAUUUGAAGGCUGGUUCGGAGAAGCAGAAUGAUGAAUUGUAUGGGAGGAGGAAGGAAAAGGUUAAAGAUGAAUUAUGA